AUGUCAGCCACAAUUCCCGUCGUGAUUGGCGUUGGAGACCUCAAGAAUCGUUCAAAUCGCUUGGAGGAUGCAUUCGAGCCUUUGGAGCUCAUGCUAAAAGCCAUCACGGUGGCUUUGAAGGAUACUGGGAUUUCCACUCAAGAUGGGAAGGCUCUCCAAAAGAGCAUCGAUAGCAUCUCCGUCGUGGCCAAUUGGACAUGGCCGUAUCCUAAUACCCCAGAGCUUCUGGCCAACAGACUAGGCUGCCGAGCUACUUAUCUUCGUGAGAGCGAACAUGGUGGUAAUGCGCCAGCCGAGUUGUUUGAUGAAGCUGCCCGGCGCAUCGCUAGUGGAGAGAGCAAAGUGGCCAUUAUCACUGGUGGAGAGGCCCUUGCAUCAUGUAAAGUUUCCCAAUACACUCGCUGGCCUCAAAUUGGGUGCAUUUCAAGCUGCGAAAAAGUUCCCUCCCCGGGUUGGACACAUGUGGAUGAUACAACCUCUAUUUGGGAGCGGAGACACAAGAGUAAUCUGGCCAGUAAUUACGGACUCGGCCUACCGAUGCAGGUUUAUCCGUUGUACGAGGCUGCCCUUCGUGCACAUCGUGGACAGAGCCUGGCCGAUAACCACCGAGAAUCGAGUGAACUUUACGCAGAAUAUGCGCGCGUAGCAGCACAGAAUCCCAUUGCUUGGACCCACGGAAAAGAGCCCGACACAGGGGACACUAUUGGCAAGGUUACAAAAAGAAACCGAAUGAUCUGUUUACCUUAUCCUCUGGUGAUGAACGCGUUCAACACCGUGAACAUGUCGGCAGCAUGUAUUAUUACCUCCCUCCAGCAUGCGCGCCAACUGGGCGUUCCCGAGUCUCAAUUGAUCUUCCCCCUAGGAGGUGCGGGAACUCAUGACUAUGAGCAUUUCUGGGAACGCAGCUCGUUCCACUCCAGUCGAAGUUUAUCCUCCUGUCUCGAUGCGACCUUGGCCGUCUCGAACGUGAAGACAGAGGACAUUGAUCUAUACGAUUUCUAUUCAUGCUUCCCAGUUGUUCCUAAGUUAGCUUCUCUGCACUUGGGUAUUCCUAUUUACGGCGGCAAAAGACCGACGACUCUGCUAGGAGGCCUCACUUCAUUUGGCGGGGCGGGUAACAACUACUCAAUGCAUGCAAUUACAGAGAUGGUGCGCCAGCUUCGAAGGGGGAAUGGCCGUAUCGGUCUCGUACUUGCCAACGGCGGCGUCUUGUCACAUCACCAUGCAGUGUGUCUGUCUCGACGGCCACGAGGCGACGGUGCUCCUUAUCCGAACCGAAAUCCCCUUCCGCGGCAUGUGAGCGAUGCCCAACCAGCUAUUGCGGAAAGAGCAAAUGGCAGCGCGAGGAUCGAGACAUACACAGUUCAAUACGAUCGUGAUGGUUCACCUCUGGCGGGCUUUGUCCUGGGUCGCCUGGACGAGAACGGCUCUCGAUUCAUUGCUAUCACGACUGAUGGUUCUACUUUGAAGGACCUUGGUUCGGCAAGUGAGCAAAUUGGAAAAUCGAUUUGGGUGGGCUCGGAUCAGGAGACUGGGAGAAACACUUUCAAGAUUCUGGGCUCUAAGAUAUAG